GGAGUCCCGGUUUCCGUCCGUGGACUCAGCUGGAGGCUUUCCCCUUCCACCCUUGAUUUGCACUGUUGACAUGCAGAGGCCGUCACAAGCCUCUGUUGCUCGGACUUUCCUCUCGGCGUGGACCGGACACUCUCUCUCUCCAGGAUGAAGACCGCCUCUCUGGAGGCCUUGUCGAGGUGGACCAGAUCCGAGAGGAGCUGCUGCUGUUGCUGCAUCCUCGAGGAGCACGGAUACAGAGGGUCAUCUCGGAUAAGGAGCGGAAACUGGACGUGAACAUGAUGGCUGAUGGCGAACAGCACGAAAUCCGGCCGAGUAACUUCAGGCCCGGUCUCGGAAACACCCUGAGCUGCCUUCGGUUCACCCGAGGAGGCCAUUGGCGGAGAGGCGUCACGUGACCACGGGGUGCCAAUGUUAUUCUACGAGGGUGUCAAGACCCUGUCAGUUUCUGAAAUAAAUAUUGGGAAACGGCGAGAUGCAAAAGGCGACCUACUACGACAGCUCCGCAAUUUACAGUGGCUACCCGUAUCAAAGCGCAAAUGGCUUCGGUUAUGAUGCCAAUCAGGUCCAAUAUCCCAGGGCCUCUCAUGUGGAAAGCGAGUACCAUCGACCCGCCUGCUCCCUGCAGUCUCCCGGCGGCGGCUCUGUUGCUCUGCAGAAGCCAGGGGAGAUGGUGGCGGAGGGCUGCGACAGGGCCAUUCAGGCGGCGCAGGCCAAGAUUCUCCCCGAAAGCAAUCAUCAAGCGCCGGUGCCGGUGUCAGGCCCACCGCCUCCCCCUUCGCUGUCCCCCGGCGGAGUCGGCCAAGAUGCGAGCAAUGGCUCCGGCCAGACGGGCGCAGCCAAGAGCGGCUCCCCGACCUCCGGUACCCGCAGCAAACAGAUCUUCCCCUGGAUGAAGGAGUCCCGUCAGAACACCAAGCAGAAACCCGCCAGUAGCUCCAGUUCAGUGGAGAGUUGCCCAGGAGACAAGAGUCCCCCGGGGUCAGCAGCAUCAAAGAGGGCCCGGACGGCUUACACCAGCGCGCAGCUCGUGGAGCUGGAGAAGGAGUUCCACUUCAACCGGUACCUGUGCAGGCCCAGGAGGGUGGAGAUGGCCAACCUGCUUAACCUCACGGAGAGACAGAUCAAAAUCUGGUUCCAAAACCGACGGAUGAAGUACAAAAAGGAUCAGAAGGGCGUCGGGAUGAUGCCGUCUCCUGGCGGACAAUCUCCCCGGAGCCCAGUAGGCCCACCGUCCGGUGGGGGCGGCGGUGGAGGGAGCGGAUACCUCAACUCUAUGCAUUCUCUCGUUAACAGUGUACCGUACGAGUCCCAGUCUCCAACCUCUUACAAUAAAACUCAUCAAAAUGCGUACGGUAUGGCUACGUCAUAUCCCCCUUCUCUGAGCAACUCCCUCAACAGCUGCCCCCCCUCCCAGAAGAGGUACCCUGGGACGGACUCGGCCACGCCCGAGUAUGACGCGCACCACCCACUGCACGGCAACGGCAACUAUGGCACUCACAUGCAGAGCAGCCCCGUCUACGUCGGCGGAGGCUACAUCGACUCUGUGCCCAGCUCCGGGGCCUCAGUUUUCGGUCUCACCCACCUCCCUCACCCGCCUCCUCCGUCCGCGAGCAUGGAGUACAACGGGGCGAUUACGAUGGGCAACAGCGGCGGUCAGCAUCACGGCGUGUGUGAUGCGACGCCGACGUACACAGACCUAACGCCGCACUACUCUCAGGGAAGAAUCCAGGAAGCGCCCAAACUGACGCAUCUGUAGCAUGCGGCGCAAGCCUGGAUCACUCCGCCCCAUUGUCUCGUCCAAGCUCCAGACAUAUCCCCCUGCUUUGUUUCUGCGCCUCCUCAUGGCUCCCGCCUUCUCCUUUUGCCUUUUUAUUGUUUGUUUGUGUUCUCUAUAGUUUCAUGUGUGAAGUAGCGUAGGACAAAUAAUCACGACUUGCUUGAAUUUUCCUCUAUUUGCUUGUGUCAUUGUCUCACCAAGACAUUUAUGUACCAUAGAGUGUCUAUAGAGCCGAACGGAGGGAGGGAAGAAGGGCAUAGCAUAUCCAUAGGCUUAUUUAAUCUUUUCCUUUUUUUGAAACGUCUUUUUAAAAAUCUCAAACAGGGUAUUAUGAACACAUGUUAUUCAUUUUCAAUGUGAAACUGUCCGUCUUUAUUUAUCCGCAAUUGAAGAAUGAUGUUUUUUUUUUUUGUUUUUUUUUUUUUGCAUUCUGUUGCACUUGUGUACAAAACGAACAUUAAGAGCCAGGAGCUGGGAAUGUGAGGAGAUUACAUUUAAAACAAAGGGUCAUGAACUUGCACAGCCUCCCCUUUUGCUUCUGUUUUGUUCCAUUGGUCUUUUUAAAUGUUAUUUAUUCAGACUCCAAUAGUAUUAUUUGACGCUCCUCCAUCUCUGUCUGCAAGGGGAGAAGGUUGGUGGAGAAACUAGCGCCAUGUUCGGCCCAUAUAUGCAGCCAUGUCACUUAGAUUGCAGGUUUUCCAAUUUGUUUCUUUCUUAGUAUUAUUAUUAUUAUUCGAGGAGGUGUUUCUGUUUUGUCAGCGAAUGAAAAAAGAAACCAAUCAGUCAUGCAAUAAGGGUGGAAAGAAGGACACACGUUUGCAGUUUCUUUAUUGAAUAAAAAGCAAAACACAUCA